AUGGCGGGUGCGAAAAAGAAAAAGAAGCCCGCUGCUAACCCAGCUCGAGGAUUCGCAACCACGUCGGUUGCUUCCAAGCCCAGACCUGAGGUUGCUGAGUCUGAAUCGAAGCCUGUGACUAUCAAAGGCCUAAGUGCCCCUCCAUCAACCCAGAAGGAUGCCCCUCCAUCCUCAUCCGCGACAACUGGCGAUACGACCACCAAUGCUGCAACCCAGGAGACGGCCCUUAGCCCCGAAGAGUUCGAGAAGCAGCUAGAAGAAUCUGAACUACAACUGCUCGUGGAGAAACAUGCAGCAAAAACAAAGAAAGAUGCUCAACGGCAACGGAAUCGUCUCGAUACUGACCGUCGACUCCUUCGUGGCCAGGCCGAUUCUAUCAAUAGUUUCAAAUGGUUACCCCCAGACUUGAUGGAUCACAUACUCGACCUCGUGCAAGCAGAAAAUCGAUUUGCCGCUUCUAGCCUGUCCUCCUCAGAGAAUGCUGGUGCUGGGAAGGUGCCUCCUGAAGAAGACAUGAUCAUCCGCCUCUGGACGUUACAACAGACCCUGAUCGCAGCAGAAUUCCCCACGGACAGAGUGACGGCUGCGAUACGAUAUAUCCUCGAUAUAGCACCUAAUGUCGCAUCGACAAAUCGAGAUUCUAUCUGGGGUCUAGAAGAGGCCCUUGACUGGCUAGCCAGAGAAUGCAAGAUUGGAGAACUGCCGAGUUACGAACCUAGAUCGAAACCGAUCCCCAAAAGCACCGGUGAUACCCCCCAGGACAGUCCAAUGCCGAGCCGCUCGAGUACUCCUCGUCAAACUGAUCCUCGGAACGGCCGUAGAAACAAGCCGGCUGGGAGCAACGCUCGAUCAGUCAAGGGUUCCGCACCCAGUAAAAAACUGGUGGUGGCUUGUGACAGCGACAUAGAAGCUGAUGAGCUUGUUCCAAAAUACCUAGAGACUAAGGCCAAAUUGCUAGAGCACGAGCGUGGAAAGGACCGGCCAGAUAGCUCAAAGACUCCAGAAUCGGACGAAGAACUUACUGUUGCCAAGCUCGAAGCUAAGAUUCGGAAGAUCGAAAGCGAUGUUCUUUUCGACAAGUAUGAAGCCGAACAACGGUGGAGAGCCCAGAGAAUUGACCUCGAAAGGCGACUGGCUGCCGAGAAGCAAGAAUACCAAGCUCAGGCCGAGGUGAUACCAGCCAGAGCGGAUGAAGAUUCUCAUGAGCAAGUGGAGAAUGAUGACAUUAACGAUGAAGCUGAGCGUGUCGCCGCCGAAGUCUUAGCCGAGGGGCAAGAUGAGGAUGAAGAUGAUAUCGGCGUAUUAUUUGCAUCUCUGCCACAAAAUGAGUUUGACGCAAGCACGGGCGAAAACCGCACCAUUGUAAACUCAGCCGAUGGAAAUCGAAUUACAAUCCGCGAUUUUGGGAAGUGGACAGGCGUUAGUCCUCGAAGGGCACUCGAGGAAGCAUGUCGUUCGAGGUAA